CUUUACUCGAGGAAAUCUCAGCUGUUAGCAACACUGGGCUGGGCACGUUCGAAUUCUAAACCAACUUCGCAAAGUGAUUGCGUUCGUUUCCGCAAAUUCGAGUUUCCUGAAAGUUUCUUUUAUAUUCGAGUAAUUCGGUCCCAAUGUAGAGAGAUAAUCUUUGGAUAAAUAUUGAGAAACAUUUGCCUACGGCUGCGACAGCGUCGCCGAAACGCAAAGAUGCGGUGGAUUAAGUUUGAUUCGUCAGCCAACGGCGUCUUUAGUCGCGAAGUGUGCCCGGAGGACGCCGAAUUUUUGAGCACCCACUGGGACACGUUCAAGUGCAUGUGGCGUGAACAGACCAAGUGCUACUGGAUUCGGCUGGUGAUAUCGCUGAGAGAGUACAUCAAUUCUCACAUAUAUACGUAUGAAUUUUUGCAAAGAUUUCCCACGAGUCAAGAUCUAGUGAAAGCCGUGGUAGACAACACUUUCAUGGAUAUUUGUGACAAGUUUGUAUUUGAGGGAUACGGACUCGCCAAGGAGUUGAUGUUGUCAAUCAUGUUCGUCAUGGCCAAUAGAGACUUUAUGGCCCACAUUGGGACACGACCUAUUUCAAACGAUCCAUUCUACAAUCAGUCGACCAAGAAUGCCUUCCGUGCCGUGUUUGGGAAACCGGACUCCGUCCACAAAAUCCAGUUCCACGCCUUCCUGACGGUGAACGUGUUCAGCCGCUUUGCGAGCGCGGUGGUGUCCGUGCUGCGCUGCUGGGUGAACGAGCCGGAUUGCACCCUGCUCAACUUCUACACUCUGUACCUGAGGGACCCGUAUUGGCACUGCCCCACCGAGUGGUGCCCUGAGGACCCCCUCUACAAGCACCUGGAGUCCAAGUUAGCCUUCUGGUCGGCUCCCGAUCUGGAGGAGCUGCGUGCGGUGAUGGAGAAGGCGCCCGACCGGGCCACGGGAUUCCGGGAGGUGGCGUCUCUCGUGCCCUGCUACGACGUGGAGGGCAUAGACUAUUCGGACUCUGACCCUGACUCGGACUACGACGACGAGCACGACAACCUCCUCUUUGCCAUCUCGGACCAGCUGGCCGAGACGGACGACGACCUCCACGAUGACCUCACCUGCGAGAUGUGCCAGAUGAAGAGGAACCUCAAGAAAGCUGCGGACCAAAUGAGAAGGGAAGUGUCGGACGAGAAGGCUCGUCAGGAGUUCUGGCAGCAGAAAAAGGUCUUGGACGUGCUCAAGCUGGCCGAGGAAAAAUUCAAGGUCAUCAUGCAGGAGAAGGGGCUGAAGCCGCGCCAGUUCCGCGACGUCCCGCCCUCUUCCAGCCCCAAGAAGAAGAAGAAGAAAAAGAAGGGGCGCUCCGCCAGCGUUGCCGGCGGCAGCGCCAACCCGCCGGCGCCCGUCGCCCAGACCGAGCUCGACGGAAGCUGUGCCAAGCCGUCUCCCAUCUCGAGGGUGGCCAUCGAGGACACUGCCGAGUCCAAGGCCAUGAUGGCCAAGGCUGUCGACUGCCUGAAGCAGGUUAACCUGGGCGCCACGGUCAACGGCACCGUGACCAACGGACUGGCGGCCAAGACUAGCCCUGCCAAGGCCGUGGCGGCAAAGGCGGCGGCGGCGGCGAACGGAACGACCAAGUGCUGCGCUUACUGCAAGAGGAGCGAGGGCUGCAAACUCAAGCGGUGCUCUCUGUGCGUGCGAAAGGGGCUGUUUCCUCCUGCAUACUACUGUUCCCAGGAGUGCCAAAUGGAUGACUGGGAAGAGAGCCACCAGUACACUCAUGCGGAUGACCUCGAGGACUCUGACUGAUCUCCACAAUUAUAUUUGCGAAGGCUACAAUUAAACCGAUACAUUAUUUCAACUA